CCUCUUUCUUCCAGACUCAGUCUGUACCAGCCUGCCGAGCGUUCAGGACCAGAUAGUCGAAAGUCACAACAUGUUCAGGAGACAAGUGGCUCCAUCUGCUAGCAACAUGCUAAAAAUGAACUGGAGUGUGGAAGCGGCGGCAUCGGCUCAGAAAUGGGUUAAUACCUGUGCAAUGACACACGGCCCAUCCAGCUCACGCAUGCUCGGAAAUUAUGAAAUGGGUGAAAAUCUUUUCAGCGGCUCAGAAGUUUCCUUGUGGACCAGUGUUGUGACAGCGUGGCACAAUGAAGUCUCUGAUUACCUCUAUCCCAAUGGAUCGAUCAACGGGAAACCCAUCGGCCAUUACACACAGGUGAUUUGGUACGGCUCCUUUCAGAUUGGCUGUGGUGUGGCCAAGUGUGAAAAAGGCUACUUUUACGGCUGCCAGUACUAUCAUGCAGGGAAUUACAAAGGGGUGCCUCCGUACUCCCUGGGAGAGCCCUGUUCAGCCUGUCCACAAGCCUGCGAUAACAAACUCUGCACCAAUCCCUGUCCUUACAUUGACUACUAUGCUAACUGCCCUACCUUGAAAAAAGGGGGCGUGUGCCGCACCUAUCUGAAGUCAUGGUGCCAGGCUCAGUGUCAGUGCCCGACUGAGAUCAUCUCUUAUUAAUUAAGGAAUGAACACAGACCUGUGGGAUGUCAUUAUUUGGGCUGCUUUGCAUAUUGGUUUUUACUUCACCUUCCUCUACUUAAUGUGUUACCACACACCGGUAUUUCCGAUAUUUAAAGUAAAAUAAAAUAUGGUUAGUAAUUAUGGGAGGUCUGAAAGAUCCACUUACUGUGACUGUAUCUACAAUGUAUGACUCUGUUCUCAUCUUGGUUUAUAAAGCUGUUCCUGAAUAUUAGAACAAU